AUGUCGUCUACGCCAGGAGCUCUAAAUGAAUUGAAGACUGCUGUUCCCCAACCUGCCUCUGUGCUUCCACAGACUGUGAAUGCACCGUCUCCGGUACCUAGGACGGUGUUCGUCAAGCUGGUGCCAACGACGCCGUUCGCUGGUCAUCGAUUCAUAGAAAGGGAAAGGAUUGCCCUUCUCGAUCCAGAUAAACCCGUCUACCUCCCACCUGGACCGUACGGUGGAGGACCCCUGUUGAAUGACGAUCUCUUUGGUACACGUCUACCAGACGGAUGGACAGAGUAUAUCCAUCCUGAUGGGCUUCCCUAUUUCCGCCACGAGCAAUGGGGAGUUGUGACGGAAAUGAACAUGCGGGACUUUCAACAAUGUCGACACCUUGAAAUUGUCCACGAGGUCACCAUGACUCGAUUUCAACAAGUGGACGAAGCACAGGGCGGCAAACUCAGCAAGGAGCCUUACGAGCUCUAUAUCUCCAACCGGCCGAAGCAUCGAUACUAUUUCAUUCGUCAUAGAACUCAGGAAGUGUUCUGGUUGGACCAAACGCGUCUGGGAACGCGCUUCCUAGGAGAUACAGAUGACGCUAAAGGGGCCAACUACAGUAUCCUGAUUCGCAACUUGUAUUAUGCUCAUUUAGCGUCAUUUCCCUGUCAUACUCAAGUACCCGAGGACGGAAUACAGUUUCUCCAUGGAUAUCUCACGUAUAUCGCGGCUGAUGACCUGACCACCCCUUUCAAGAUCACGCCAUGGGACCCACAAAAAGCUGCUACUCUCCUAGACAUGUUGGAACGUAUGAUAAGUAGGGGAACAGAUAGGACUGCGAAUGGGUUCAAAACAUUCUUCAUCGCCCAAUUGUUAGUUGCCGUUUAUAGUGUACGCGCAUUGCACCGCCAUGGUACUCAAGCUGCCAUAAACGAGCGGCACUUACCGCCGUACCCCGUGAUGGGUCCCUUCGACGCCGCUGUUCGGAUCUUCAGUUUCUUUGUCUACUCCACUUACGAAGAUCGGCUGCGUCUGGCCCUGCAAGGCGAGCUCGCGUCUGAACGGGAGUGGCACCGCCUUAUGACAACUCUCGUCGCCGAAUGGUCAGAUACCAACCUCUUGGCCACUGUGACACUUUCAGCGAACAUGGCCUUCCUUGCUCUAAACCUGUCAGGCGUUGCUCGCACAAGCAGUAUAGCUUCAACUCUUUUCGCUAUCGGAAGCAUCGUCAUCGGUUUGCAUCACGUCUGGAAGCACCGAGAUCAGCGCGAAGCCCGUAUUUCUGAACUCAGUUUUUACAUUCAAAACACGGGACGGAGCGCAACUGAUAUCAGGCACCUAUCUCUCCUCCUCAGCCUUCCCAUGAUCUUCCUUCUGUGGGCUCUCCUGGCUUUCACGUGCGCCGUCGCGAACUUUGCCUUCAAUCCCCCGAAAGCAAUAGCCUCUUACGUUGUUCCUGCCUGCGUGCUGGCGGUGAUCUGUGCCCUGGGCAUUGUCACAAAUGUGGUCUUCUGGAACGUUUUCAAGUAUAAACGCGGGAGAUAUACCCCUCGUCCCGUCAAGUAG